AUGUUAAUUGCUAGAGCACUUCCUAUUAUGAGAGUCUAUGUAAAACCUGGCGGUCAACGAGGGUACUCUGGACAUUGUAUAAACCUACCUCAGAAAGUAUCUGAAUUAGCCCAAUCACUACCCCAUUGUCCUAAGAAUAUUCCAAUAAUUGUUGUAACAAUGAAAGGAAAGGAUAACUCAUUGAAAGAUGUUGUUGUAAGAAAACAAAAAGUUGAACAAGCAUUACAUUGGUUAAUAAAACAUAAUCCACAAUAUAAAAAUGUAUUAAUUGAUCUAAAAGUAUUAGAAUCGUUACCAAGUAAUGGUGUUCCAUCUAAUAUCUCAACAAUUGAAACAUUAGAAGACCCAGAUGAAAUUGAUAGCCAUGAUACAGAUACAAUUUUAACUGGUGGUGAUGCUGAUUAUGAAAAAGAAAACAGUAGUUUUUUGCCAUUGUCUACUAAUGACCACCUUGAAAGUGAUGCAAUAAAAAAGUCUUGA